AUGCAAGUCCUGCCUACGAACAGUUCUCACAGUCCACGGAAGGUGGACAGGCGAAAGUGGAGUACGGUGUACAGUGGAGCUACGGUGGAGCGUUACCGUAGGCCCAUGUAUCCCGUAGCACGGAACAUCGCGGACGAAUUCGCACCGCCGACGUCGACUGAGGUCGCAGGGACUCGCUCGAAUGCUGAAUCGUCUUCGCGCUACCUUGAGGAAAACGCUGUUCAACGGAGUGACCGAUUCAAAGGCGCGAUCGAUGCAGCAUCGCCCGGUUCGUGGCUAGCGUUUGCCGACGAGCAACGCAGCGGUCCGUCCGUCCGACUAAUCACCAGCCGCCGUCGCCGAGAACAACGUAGAGACUGGUUGGUGUCCGGCGAGUGA